AUUUGUAGUUUAGUUUUUGUUUUAUUUAUCUACAAAAUAGUGAUUUCUAAAUAGCUAAAUAGCUAAAUAGUUCCUGUUUCUAUUGGUUACCGGUGUGAUUUCAACAGUAAUUUUUUUCAUACAUUUUUUUCAGUUUUGUACCUAUAAGUAUUUAAUUGCCCUUAGAAUCUAUUAUGCUAUUUUAAAAGAAUUUAGCAUUAGAGGAUAAUUAAUAGAAGGCAAUUUUCAUUACACAUUAUUACCAUAUUUUUUGCUAGUCAAUAUUUUUAAUAACAUAAAUUAAUCGUCCUAAUGGUUUAAUUAUUUUUUAUAUAACUAUAUUUCACUAAUGAAGUUAUUGUUGUUUUUCUUCGUAAGUCAAAGUAUUUUAGUACAUAUCUAAUCAGUUUUCUUCAAAAAUGGAACCUGUUAGGAAGAAAUUAAAAAGUGAUUCCUCCGAUUUCAGUCUUGACAGUGCUUAUUAUAAUACUGAUGAUUCUAAUUUUAAGAAUAUAUCAAAUGAUCUAAAAACAGAAAUUAAAGAUGAAAAUGAAGAUUCAGGGUUAGAUAAUAUUACUAGUAGAAAUAAUAUAAUGGAUAAUAGUUUUUUUCCUAAAGAAAUGUUAUUGGAAGAACAGCGGUUACAAGAGGAACGUGAUAAAGAAGACAAGGAAGCUAUGGUUGAUGACCUUAAUAUAGAAGAAAAGGAAAAAAGAUUUAAAAACUUACUAGUAUUAUUAGAAAAUAGUACCAAAUUAACAAAUUUAUUUGAAUCAAGAUUAAAAAAAUGUAAACUUCAAAUUAUAAAAAGAGAACUGAAAAAUGCUCAGAAGAUGAAUGAAAAUCUACCACUGAAUAAUCAAUUAACUAAUGACAUAAUUGAAGAUGACUACUACUUAAGUUUAUUUAAACAACCAAAACUAUUUAAUGGUUCUUUAAAGACUCAUCAAGUGGAAGGAUUACUGUGGAUUAGGACUUUGUUCGAAAAUGGAUUGAAUGGUAUUUUAGCUGAUGAUAUGGGUCUUGGUAAAACUAUUCAAACAAUAGCAUUCUAUUGUUUUCUUAUUGAAAUGAAUAUUAAAGGUCCUUUUCUUGUUAUUGCUCCUCUUUCUACUAUACCUAAUUGGUUGUCGGAAUUCACUAAAUUUUCCCCUGAGCUACCUUCUUUACUUUACCAUGGUUCAGAAACUGAAAGAAUUGCUGCUCGAUCUAAGUUUAAAAAAACUCACAGAGUAAAUGAUAUGAAUUGUUAUCCUAUAAUUAUAACUACAUAUGAGGUAAUGCGUGUAGAUAUAAAAUUUUUGUCAACAAUUGAUUGGAAAUACAUAACUGUAGAUGAAGGACACAAACUUAAAAAUUUCAACGCACUAACAUCUAAAGCUAUGAGAGAAUUUAAGUGUGCAAAUAAACUUAUUCUCACUGGAACACCAAUUCAAAAUGAUAUGACAGAACUUUGGUCUUUACUCAAUUUGUUAAUGCCCAAAUUAUUUGAUAAGUUAGAAGAUUUUAAUUCAUGGUUUGUAGUUGAUGAUUUCUUUGACGAUAAUAUUAAAAUUGCAAGUAUGGCAAAAAAAAAUGAAAUUUUGGAUAUUAUUCAAAAGGUUAUUAAGCCUUUCAUUUUAAGACGUGAAAAAAAAGAAACUGAUUUAAAACUUCCUCCUAAAAAAGAAGUUGUUAUUUAUGCUCCAGUUACUGAAAGACAGCAGGAAUUAUAUAAAGCAACAUUAAAUAAACACAUGGAAGUACUACUAAAACAGCAAAAAGAGUCUGUAAUUAUAGAUGGUCCAAGGCCUAAAAGAAAAUGUGUUGAACGUAUUGUUGAAUACACUGAUAUUUCAGCUGUAAAAUAUGAAUCUGAUGAAGAAAUUGUGGAAAGUCCAGAUACUGCAAUUUCUGUUGUCAUGACAAAUCCUUUUGUACAGCUAAAAAAAAUUGCGAAUCACCCUUAUCUUGUUCAUAUGCCUUUAAUUAAAGGUACUAAACAAAUAAGAGUAGAUGAGGAUAUUGUGAAAGUUAGUGGAAAGUUUCAAGUUCUAGAUGCUAUGUUAUCUAAAUUAAAAUUUCUUGGACAUAAGGUGUUACUGUUUUCAACAAUGGUAAUGAUAUUAGAUAUUAUAGAAGAAUUCUUGAUGUACCGUUCUUACAAAUUUACUCGAUUAGAUGGUACAAUGUCUAUUCAAGAGCGUGUUGAAAACAUGAGAAUAUUUAAUACUGAUCCAUCUUGUUUUGUGAUGAUGAUAUCAACACGUGCUGGAGGACUUGGUUUAAAUCUUACUGCUGCUGAUACUGUUAUAAUAUUUGAUAGUGAUUGGAAUCCUCAAGCUGACUUACAAGCACAAGAUAGAUGUCAUAGGAUGGGCCAAGAGAAGCCUGUUGUUGUUUAUAGGUUAUGUUCAAAAGAUACUGUAGAUGAAAGGAUUUUAGAUCGUGCUGUAGCAAAAAGAAAACUCGAAAAAAUGGUUAUUGGAAAUGGUACAUUUAAUAGAAGUUCGAAAAUAUCAUUAACUACAAUUGAAGAAUUAAUGAGUUUAUUGGAAUCAUCUGAUUAUAAUAAAAAAAUUCAAUCUAACGGUUUUAUUUUUACUGAUGAAGAAUUGGAUGCACUAUUGGAUCGUUCAGAUAUGAUAACUUCAACUGUCCACUCAAAUACAUCAAAAUCUGCUAACCACUUUAAAGUUCUUACCUCAUUUUAUGUAGUCUUACUGUUAUUGUGGGAUGGCGUGGAGGAGACGGUAAUGUGGCAGUGCUUGAUACACAGUGCCUGAGGUACAAAACUCGGUUAUAGGCAGUGGAUUUGUUGAUCGAGCGAGAGAUCAGUUUGGUGAUUGGAGUCACCAUACCAUUUUCCAGUGACAGACUAACCACCCUUCCUGAAGUAUCAAUG